AUCUAUCGAACGCUCCAACAGUUCAACUCGGUCUAAUAUUCAUCUGCCUCUCCUUUCAUCCUUGCUUUUUUGCUGUCUCCCACUCUUCUCAUACACCACCUCGCCAUUCUCCCCCUCCAUCCACUGCUGUGAUGCCUUCUGCUCAUUCUCAGACUCCUCUGUAACUGGGAAAUGGAGUCCAGGCUUCUCCUGUUGCUUUCGCUGUCUUUGCUUCUUUUCAUCAACGCGUCCAGAGCCCAAGUGCCUGGUUUUGUAAGCUUAGACUGUGGGGGAAAGGAGAAUUUCACUGAUGAUCUAGGGCUAGAAUGGACCCCUGAUGAUAAAUUUAUGUAUGGUGAAACAACAAACAUCACUGUAGCAAAUGCAACACGGAAGCAGCAUAUGACACUGAGACACUUUCCAGCAGAUAACAGGAAAUAUUGUUAUACACUUGAUGUUGUGACUAGAACUCGAUACCUUAUAAGAGCAACCUUCUUAUAUGGGAACUUUGACAACAAUAAUGUUUAUCCAAAGUUUGACAUCUCUCUGGGUGCUACUCAUUGGUCAAGCAUUGUCAUCUCUGAUGUUAAUACUGUAGAGGUCCGAGAGUUGAUAUUCUUGGCUUCUUCUUCCACAGUUAGCGUCUGUUUGUCCAAUGCUACAACUGGACAACCAUUCAUCUCAUCCCUUGAGCUUCGACAAUUUAAUGGUUCAGUUUACUAUACAGCUGUGGAAAAUCAGUACUUUCUCAGUGUAUCUGCAAGGAUAAACUUUGGUGCAGAUAGUGAUCUUCCAGUCAGGUAUCCAGAUGAUCCAUUUGAUAGAAUAUGGGAGUCUGACUCAUUGAAAAAGGCAAAUUACCUUGUUGAUGUUGCAGCAGGUACUGAGAAAGUAUCAACCCUAACGCGAAUUAAUGUUAAUAGAGAUGAAAUGCCACCUCAAAAGGUAAUGCAGACGGCUGUGGUUGGUACAAAAGGAGAUUUAACUUACCGCUUAAACCUGGAUGGCUUCCCAGGUUUUGGAUGGGCUUUCUCCUACUUUGCUGAAAUUGAAGAUUUGAGUUCAGAUGAGACAAGAAAAUUUAGGCUAGUCCUUCCAGGCAUGCCUGACAUCACCAGACUUUCUGUUAACAUCCAAGAAAAUGCUCAAGGAAAAUAUCGCUUGUAUGAACCGGGAUUUACCAACAUAUCUCUACCUUUUGUGUUAUCUUUUCAAUUUGUAAAAACAGCUGACUCAGCCAGAGGACCACUCCUGAAUGCUAUGGAGAUAAAUAAGUAUCUGCGGAUUAAUGAUGGUUCUCUUGAUGGAACAAUUAUUGCUGGUCUAGUUUCUAAUUACCCAUCAACAGAUUGGGCACAAGAAGGUGGUGACCCAUGCUUACCAGUUCCAUGGUCAUGGGUUCAAUGCAGUUCAGAUCCACAACCUAGAAUAACUUCAAUUGUUCUGUCUCAGAAGAAUUUGACAGGGAAAAUUCCUUUGGAGCUGACAAAGUUGACAGGCUUAGUUGAGCUGUGGCUUGAUGGGAACUCACUCACUGGCUCAAUACCUGAUUGCAGUGGAUGCGAGAACUUGAAAAUCAUUCAUCUUGAGAACAACCAGUUGACUGGUGAGCUGCCUUCAUCUCUUUUUCACCUGCCAAAUUUGAGGGAACUGUAUGUUCAGAAUAAUAUGUUAUCUGGAACAGUGCCAUCGGGUCUUCUUAAUACAAAUUUGAUUUUUAACUACUCUGGCAACAUUGAUUUUCGUGUAGAACGGAGAGGAGGAAGCCACAUAAAAAUCAUUAUUGGAUCAACGGUUGGGGCUGUUGUACUGCUUCUAGCUACCAUUUUAUCUUGCAUAUUUAUGCAUAAGGGAAAGAAAAAAUAUUCUGAGGAAGAUCAGCUUGUACAAUCCUUACCUCCCCAGAAAUUAGUUUCUUCCUCAAGCGAGGUUGCCACAGAAACUGCACAUUGUUUUUCGUUUGCUGAAAUUGAAGAUGCCACUAGGAAGUUUGAGAAAAAAAUUGGUUCAGGAGGCUUUGGAGUGGUAUACUAUGGAAAGAUGAUAGAUGGAAAAGAAAUUGCGGUCAAAGUUUUGACUAGUAACUCCUACCAGGGGAAGCGAGAAUUUUCAAAUGAGGUGACUUUACUUUCAAGAAUACAUCACAGAAAUCUAGUACAAUUUCAUGGUUACUGCCAAGAAGAAGGGAAAAGUAUCCUUGUUUAUGAGUUCAUGCAUAAUGGAACUCUGAAGGAACAUCUUUAUGGACCUUUAACACGUGAGAGAAGUAUCAGUUGGAUCAAGCGCCUUGAGAUAGCUGAAGAUGCUGCAAAAGGAAUUGAGUACCUUCAUACAGGAUGUGUGCCAACUAUCAUCCAUAGGGACCUAAAAAGCAGCAAUAUUCUUCUAGACAAACACAUGAGAGCAAAGGUCGCAGACUUUGGUCUAUCAAAACUUGCAGUAGAUGGAGCCACACAUGUCUCAAGCAUAGUUCGGGGGACUGUUGGGUACCUGGACCCUGAGUAUUAUAUCUCUCAGCAGUUGACAGACAAAAGUGAUGUUUAUAGUUUUGGCGUAAUUCUUCUUGAAUUGAUUUCUGGUCAAGAAGCAAUAUCUAAUGAAAGUUUUGGUGUUAAUUGCAGAAACAUAGUUCAAUGGGCAAGAUCGCACAUAGAGAGUGGGGACAUCCAGGGAAUCAUUGACCCGUCUCUGCAUAAUGAAUUUGAUAUCCAAUCAAUUUGGAAGAUUGCCGAGAAAGCAAUAAUGUGUGUCCAAUCCCAUGGGAGUAUGAGGCCAUCGAUAUCAGAAGUGCUCAAGGAGAUUCAAGAAGCAAUUUCAAUUGAGAGGGGGGCAGAGGCGAGACGAGAAGGUCAUUCUGAUGAUAUGUCAAAGAACUCGAUACACUCUUCCACUAAUCUUGGCUCCAUGGACCUGGGUGUGUCCGAGCCAUACGUUUCAUUUGAUGAAUCUAUUGCUCGGCCAACAGCCCGAUAACUUUGGUCAUCCACACCCAUCUCUGCCAUCUCGAUCUCAGUUUUUUCCCAUUUGAAUUACAGAGCCACACCUGGAAUUACGAAAGGAAACAAUGUUGCUUGUAUACUUGAUUUCUUUUUCGUUUUUUUUUUUUUUUAAUAUAUUUCUUUGAGGGAGAGGGUCAGAUUUGGAGGUUGAAGGAGUGGAGGACAUGGAAGAAAGGAUGUCAUCAACUUCAUUGUAACUUUUCAUGGAAAAAUCUAUGAUCCCGGAAAGAAAUGAUACCGGAAAGGCUUUGACCAAUCAACCCCCCUCCCUCCUGAAUUAUGAAAAACCACCUGAUUGGUGGUUGUGGUUACCACUUUAUGAUGUUGGUUGGUUACAAAUUUUUUCAGUAUCACGUCUUUCCAGCAUCAUAGUCGAAACUCAUAUUCAGUUUUUUCCCCUCCAUUGAACUGGUAUUCGAAAUCAUUAGUAAAAAGAAGCAUUUUUCUGUUU